UCUUUGCUGUUGCUUUUCCAGGCAGCGCGGGCAGGCGACAAGCGUGACGUUCGCCCCUGCUGAAAGGGGCGGGGCUGUGGGCGAGCCUUGGGGUCGACAGCAGCAGCGACAAUCUCCUCCUCCUCCUCCUCCUGACCAGUGCGAUAGGCGGGAGCCGCCGCGCAAAGCAGCGAGCGGGAUCGCCCGUCUGCACUGCACAGCUGGCGCCUGCCAUGGACGGCGAGCGGGACAGGCGAGCCGCCGCUGCCUGGACUGGAGGAAAGGAGAUGCUGGAGGAUUUCCUGACUACUGAAAUACUUUGAAUCCUGAGUUUGCCUUUCUAACAAUGAACAAUUCAGAAUCACUGGCGUUGGCUGGAAUUCUAUUUUCCAACAAAACCUGUCAAACAGAAAAAAAGAUCUCUGUGUUUUUUUCUGUCAUCUUCAUGACGGUGGGGAUUUUAUCCAACAGUCUUGCCAUAGCCAUUCUCAUGAAGGCGUAUCAGAGGUUUAGACAGAAAUCAAAAGCUUCUUUUUUGCUUUUUGCUAGUGGUUUGGUUAUCACAGACCUGCUGGGCCAUCUCAUCACUGGAACCAUUGCAGUAUUUGUAUAUGCAACUGACAAGGACUGGAUUCGAUUUAAUCAGGCAAAUGUUCUCUGCAGUGUUUUCGGCAUUUGUAUGGUGUUCUUUGGACUAUGUCCCCUUUUUCUGGGCAGUGUGAUGGCUGUUGAACGCUGCAUUGGAGUCACUAAGCCAAUAUUUCAUUCAACAAAAAUGACUUCUAAACAUGUAAAAAUGAUGUUGACUUUGGUAUGUCUUUUUGCUAUCUUCAUAGCUUUGCUGCCUAUAUUUAGGUUAAGAUCCUAUCAAAUUCAGGCAUCAAGGACCUGGUGCUUCUAUAAAACAGAGCAUGUUGAAGACUGGGAAGACAGAUUUUACCUCUUACUUUUUUCAUGCUUGGGUUUACUGGCCCUUGGUAUUUCAUUCUUGUGCAACGCUGUGACAGGAAUUACACUUUUAAGAGUCAAAUUUAAAAGUCAACACAGACAAGGGAGAUCUCACCAUUUUGAAAUGAUCAUCCAGCUCUUGGCUAUAAUGUGUGUCUCUUGCAUUUGCUGGAGCCCUUUCCUGGUAACCAUGGCCAAUAUUGGAAUAAAUGAAGAUCAUUCCCAAGAAUCCUGUGAAACAAUACUUUUUGCUCUGCGAAUGGCAACGUGGAAUCAAAUAUUAGAUCCAUGGGUAUACAUUCUUCUAAGAAAAGCUGUUCUUAAGAAACUCUACAAGAUUGCUAGGAGAUUUUGUGGUGUGCACUUCAUUAACUUGCAUACAUGGGAACUGAGUUCCAUUAAGAAUUCUUUAAAAGUUGCAGCAGUUUCGGAUUCACCAGUUAGUUCCAAGCAAACAAAUAAGCCACUUAAUUUAACAGUGCAAUAAAGUGAAUGUGAGAAUGAUGAAAUGAUGAGGUAAUGGUCCCUAAUCACCUCAAAAUGUAAUAGUGUGAGUGGCCUGGUAUUUUCAUCUUCAGAAUAGGUGGUCUGGUUUAAUUUCUUGAUGUUUAUUAGUCUGGAGUUGCUAUUUCAAGAUAUUUCAAAUAUAAACUUGAAAAAUACUAUUUGUGUUCAAAACCUGGUGCCAAAUCUUGCAGGACUCUACAUAGCAGAAUAUUUCAACUAUCUGUUAAGAAAUUACAAAGCCUAAACAAAACAGAACAAAAAAGCCUAAAAGUUGUGGUUUUUUUUAAAAGGAACAGAAUGGUAAACAUAUAGGAUGAUAUUAGGAACUCCAAAAACACUUUUGAAUUAAAUAAAUGUCCUCAAGUGUUUUUUUUUUAUUGGCACAGUCCAGACACAUUAGGCACUUUGAAAUCAUAUUUUAUUUCAGUUGGACAAGCAAAUGCUUAAUGCUUUCCUUGAAAUACAUAUGAGUUAGAAUUAUUUAACUUUGGCUAGAUAGGCCACAGUGUGCUCAUAUACAUCUGAUGUUUACGGGUACUGAAGUAAAAAAAAUGUAAACUCCUGAAGAAAAUAUCUGAGUUAGUACAUGUGUUAGAAUGUAGCAAGUGAAUCUGUUUGACUAAUGAAGGGAGAAAUCUGAUAACCAUCAGCAGUACUCUAGUACCAUUAGAGUAAAGAAGCAAAUGCUGAAAUAUCAUAUUGUUAAAAGGUUAAUGGUAAUGACAGUGAAUGUAUUUAAUAUGUAUUAAUUUGAAAGUGCACCUUAUUUUUCAGGUAUAACUUUUUUUCCACUUUCUCUUGCAAAUAUAGCACCUAAACCUGAAAACUGUGAGCUUUCAAAAUUGUGGAAGCUCUAUUUCAGGCUGAAGAAGUUGAGCCCUUUCCAAGUUAGACUUCUCAGCAUUCCAUUUUUAAAACUUUUUUUAAAAUUUAUAUGCACACGAAAGAGAUCGUUGGAAAUAUGGACGUCAGUUCAAUGUUCAGUACAAUUAAUUGUUGUGACUUGGAAAGUGUUGCUCAUCGUUAAUUGGAUGUUACAGUACAUUGAAAAUCAUUUUAUUAUCUGAUUGUUUUACUUAUAAUAAGACAAUGAUGAAAUAAUUUGUUAAGUAUUGUGAAGCUUUAAAAGUAAGUUCACAUUAUGCAUAAUGUAAAUAAUGCUAGUCAUUGUGAAGUAUCAUGUGCCAACAUUAAUUUUGACAGUUUAAAUUUCAUUAUGUAACUUUUCAUUUUUUGUUUUUUUGAGGCUUCAACUAAUUACCAUCAACUUAAAAGGCAAAGCACUAGAUCAGAAUCACCUAGGAUAUAGCAAGCAAUAGAAAAUAUGUUUUAAAACAAUGGAUAGGUUGACAUUGCUCCUGUGUGGGCUGGAGGUGGAGAAAAUGUCAGUAAAAACGUUGGGUGGUGAGCAUGCAUGCUCCAGGUGGGUGUGACAUCUGAACCUGGUUCUUGACCCACUUCUCUCAAUAUUCUUCCGACUUCUGUCACCAAGAUUUGAAGUUGACAGAAAAAGUUGGUAGAAUCUCAGUAAUGCAGUGCAGGAACUGGACUUGGGCGGGUUCAGACAGCAUGUCUGCCAGGAUUGCAUACGCUCACUUCUUGACAUCUUACCGGCAUUUCCCCCACUUCCAGACCAGAUGGUAGUCAUGUGAGCCUGCCCAAUAAAUGGUAAUAAUGGUAAUAUAGUAAAACAGGUUUACUAUACUACAGAGUGACUGCCUGAGACAGUAACUGUGAUGUUUCAUAUGGCAUUUUUGAAAAAUGUAUAGGCAAAAUGAAGUUUUGGAUUCUAUUGAUCCUUCCAUGUUUCAGCAAAAGGGAGGAACAGGAACUGGCUAGGAAGAAGAGAACAUUGUUUCUAUUCAAUGGUAAAUGUAUGUCAUAGAACAGAGCUGGGAAAGAUUUUUUCUUGUAAUAAGUUUGUGUUAAUAUGUCAUCUUAAUAUUUUCACCAGCCUUAAAUUUUAGGUACUAGCCUUUACAGUACUGCAUACAAUCCCAUAACAUUUAUAGGAUCUCAGGCAACUUAAGUGCCUAGGAUUUUUUCAUGCCCUGCAUAUGCUUGCUGAAUUUGUUUGAAAAGAAGUGGUAACUGAUAUGUCAAUUCUGUCCCACAGUUUGCUUACAACAAAAUGUAAAGCAGUAGAAAGUUGUGAAUGUUCUCAACUAGUCACAAGCCUGACUCUGAAUCUUUCUUUCAUGACAAUGAAAUCAGUAUGUGAAAUAGUGACACUUUUGCCACUGCUCCUACUAUUACUCUUAUCACUACUACUAUUAUCAAAGUUUUUUGGCACCAACAAUGUGCAAAUGGCAUAAAUCUGGCCCUGAGAUAUGCAGUGCUAAAUUUAUGAUGGGUGAGUGUUCUCAUGCCAAAUCAAUGCUGUCAUCCUGUACAGCACACUGUAAUGACUUGGAAAGUCCAUGCUAAAAUUGGUCUCUAUUGUACAGAACAUGACAUCAGUGUAUCUUAUAACUUGCUUCAGUUUCUCGUUCUAUCUGGGUGAGAAUUUGCUUCAGUGACUGCAGAUUGAUGUUCAGCCACACAGUUGUGGAAUUGCUUGAGCAGUGAAAAGAGCUUUCCCCCUACUUUGUCAUGUGAAUAAAUGUUAGUAUGUAUAUUUUGCAUUCUGGCUGAAUUCCCCCCCCCCCCAAGUAUGUAUAUUUGUUUUCUUAUUUCUGUGUAUUGAUACAGAUUGAAUGUAACAUGCAGUGCCCCAUUAAACUUGUUACCUGAU